AUGUGGUCCUUCAUGCAGACCGCCAACCAAAAGCACAACCUCAACAUGCAAACCUACCGCGACCUCUACAACUGGAGCGUCGGUCCCAACCGCACAGACUUCUGGAAACACAUGUGGGACGCCGCAGGCUUGAUCUAUUCCGGUGACUACACCGAGAUAGUCGACAUAACGAAGCCCAUGGACAGCAUACCGCACUGGUUCCGCGGCACGUAUCUCAAUUUUGCGGAGAACAUUUUGUACUCCGCUGAUCCAAGUGAUCCGUCUAAAACCACGACAAAAAAUAAAGAGGAUGACAGAAUUGCUGCGACGGAGGUGAGGGAGGGGAAUACGGAGGUGCGGGAUAUGAGUUUUGGGGAGGUACGGAGGAGAGUCGGGCUUCUGAGCAAUGCGAUGAGGGCGAAAGGUGUGAAGAAAGGGGAUAGGGUUGCGGUGGUGGCGAGCAACAGCUUUGACACUUUUAUCUGCUUUAUGGCGGUCGUCAGUUUGGGUGGUCUCUUUUCGAGCAGUAGUACGGAUAUGGGGAGUAAGGGAAUUUUGGAGAGGCUGUUGCAAAUCAAGCCGAAGUAUCUGUUCGCUGACGAUUGGGCGGUGUAUAAUGGGAAGACGACUGAUUUGAGGCCGAAGAUCAAGGAGAUUGUUGAGGGCAUGAGAGGCGUCAAGGAGUUUGAGGGUGUGGUGCUGCAGCCGAGAUUCUUGGGGAGACCUGCGGAUGUGGGCGGAGUGCCGAGAGCGGUCAUGUUAGAAAACUUUGUUCAAGCUGCAGGCGGAAAGGAUGAGUUGGUGUUCGAGAGGGUGGCUUUCCGGGAUCCUUUCCUGGUGGUGUACUCUAGCGGGACCACGGGGAUGCCCAAGUGCAUCGUUCACAGUGUGGGAGGGGUUCUGAUCAGUAUGCUAAAGGAAGAGAAGCUACACAAAGAAAUGAAUCCAGACAGCGUAACGGGCUGGAUCAUGUACCUCGUGAGCAUACAAUCCCUCGUCUCCGGCAGUCGCUCGGUAUUUUACGACGGUUCCCCCUUCAUCCCCGAUGCGCAAGCCUUCCUCUCCAUCCUCGAAACUCAGCGUGUCACCGACUUCGGCACCUCACCUCGCUUCCUCCAUGAGUUACAAAAGAGCAACAUCGUUCCUCGCAAGCAGUUCGACCUCUCCCGUCUCCGCUCAGUCUGCACAACCGGCAUGGUCCUCUCCGAUGCCCUCUUCGAAUGGUUCUACGACACGGCCUUUCCUCCCAACGUCCACCUCCGCAACAUCUCCGGUGGAACUGACCUCGCAGGCUGCUUCGGCAUCAUGAACCCCCUUGAGCCUGUUUACGUUGGAGGUUGUCAGGGUCCCACGCUCGGCACUAAGAUGGAAGUCUACGACUCGCUCAUCGAGUCCGGGCCCGGGCAAGCCGUCCCGCACGGCGAACCCGGUGAGCUUGUUGCCACGGCUUCGUUCCCCAAUCAGCCUGUGUUCUUCUGGGGCGAUGACUCCGGCGAGCGGUACCAUAACGCGUAUUACGCACGGUUUCCGCAUGUCUGGACACAUGGCGAUUUCAUCCAGUAUCAUCCUGUUACGGGGCAGGUAAUGUUCCUUGGGAGGGCAGACGGCGUGCUGAAUCCGAGUGGAGUGCGCUUUGGUAGCAGUGAUAUAUAUUCAGUGAUCGAGACGCAUUUCUUGGAGGUGGCGGAUAGCAUUUGUGUCGGGCAGAGGAGACCGCAGGAUAAUGAUGAGAGUGUUAUGCUAUUCUUGAAGAUGAAGGAUGGUAAGCGGUUUACGGAGUCGCUGGUGGAGAGAGUCAAGCGGAAGAUUGGCGAAGAGAAGAGCAAGAGACACAUACCGCGGUAUGUGUUUCAGACGUGGGAUAUACCGGCUACUGUGAACGGCAAGAAGGUCGAACUGCCAGUCAAGCAGAUCGUCAGUGGAAAGACUGUGAAGCCGAGUGGAACAUUGGCGAAUCCGCAGAGCUUGCAGUUUUACUACCAGUUUGCUAGGGUAGAGGACGUGCUGGAAAGCAUGAAGCAAGAGAAGGAUGGAAAGACGAGGAGCAAAUUAUAG